GUGGGAUAAUAAUAAUAAUGAAUCAAAAGCAACCCAUCGCAGAAGAACGUCUCAACUUCGCAAUUUUUAUCUUAGUUCCGAGCGAUAAAACUGUGAAAAAUCCCGCGCCCCGUGUUGUUCCCAACCGUCGAAAUUAGUUUAACUGGUGCCACCAAAGUACGAAGCAAGUUAUGUGAGUGCUGCCCAAGUGCGGAAAUGCCGUUUAUUGCGACGCCAGCCGUUUUUCUCUACCAGGCGGAGAAAGUCGACGUAGAUUAAUUCGAACGGGUGAAAAUGGCGAAGAAAAAACAUCCGACUACGAUUCUGAUUUCGGUCGAAGUGCGAUGGGACAAAACGUGGAAAUGCUGCUGAAGUUCGUACGCCUAGUGGACUGUUGAUGUUUGUUUCGUAAUCCGGAAGAUAGUUUUCUCGAAGAUUGACGGAUUGGCGAAAGGAAGCACCUCGUGAAAAAGAAACCCUCCUCCCAUUUCUGGAACGGGGCUGCUGGAGGAGAAGGAGGAAGUGCUUGUGUAAUCGAGGGAAUGUUAAAUUCCCAGUGCGCUUAAAAUGAGAGUUCCAGCUAUAGGGAAUCUGCUUAUCAGAUGUAUCCUUAUCUUGCUUUUGUUGCUGUUUAGUGAUUGUACAAAUAUAACCAAUAGCUUUAGCAGUAGUAAUUCAGUAAACGUUAAUAGCAGCAGUAGUAGUAGAGGCCUUGGGGAAGUCAAUCAAAAUGUAAGCUCGGGCAAGUUAAGUAACGUAACAAAUGCUAAUGCUGAUCCGGGUCGCAAUUGCUGUGAUGGGGAGGGGAACCAAAUCGGUAAUCAAAAGCGAACCAGCGGACCUCAGCGGAUUGUGGUCGAGUUUGCGACCAAUGUGGUCCAGAAUGAGUACAUCGUCCAGUUCGAUGGGUAUUACAAGCGAGCGGCGAGGGAGAAACACAUCCAGGCGGCGCUUAAUGGAUCGAAGGUGAAAAACUGGCGCAUCCAACCGCGAUCAAAUCCCAUCAGUGACUAUCCCAGCGAUUUCGAUGUCAUCACAUUAGAAGAAGACCCCAAAUCACAAACCGAUGGGAUAGAUCUGCUCAGGUCGCACCCAUCCAUCAAAUCCAUAUCGCCGCAACGGAUGGUCCACCGAACCCUUAAGUAUGUUCCCAUAGAAGUUUCACCCGACGAGGCAGAGCUGGACGAGGAAAUUGUGGACGAUGUCGAAAUAGCUGAUGCCCAGCAAGAGGCUGAAGACGACGAAGUGAUGGAGUUUAUCGAAAAGUUCAGAAAUUUCAAAAGAAAGCUGUCGACUGAUGUGAAUGAGCUUAACGAUAGCAGACCGGAUGUCAGUCAUCAGAUCACUCCUCCCGUGGGCUCUGCAAAUCGGCAUACGAAUCGUCGCUUACUCAGGGCGAUACCGAGGCAGAUAACUUCCUUGCUGAAAGGGGAUGUUCUUUGGGGGAUGGGUAUAACCGGUAAAGGGGUGAAGGUGGCAGUUUUUGAUACCGGGCUGUCGAAGAACCAUCCCCAUUUCAAGUCAGUUAAGGAACGGACCAAUUGGACGAAUGAGAAAACUCUGGAUGACGGAGUUAGUCAUGGGACAUUCGUAGCUGGGAUUAUUGCUUCUUCGAAGGAGUGUCUCGGAUUCGCACCGGACUCGGAGCUGCACAUUUUUCGAGUUUUCACCAAUAACCAGGUUUCUUACACAUCAUGGUUUUUGGAUGCCUUCAAUUAUGCAAUUUUGAAGAAGAUCAACGUACUGAAUCUUAGUAUUGGAGGGCCAGAUUUCCUGGAUCAGCCGUUCGUGGAUAAGGUUUUGGAGUUGUCGGCGAAUAAGGUGAUCAUGGUGUCUGCCAUUGGCAACGAUGGCCCACUGUAUGGGACUUUGAACAAUCCUGGAGACCAGAUGGACGUGAUUGGCGUUGGAGGGAUGGACUAUAAUGAUAACAUUGCAAAGUUCAGCUCACGUGGAAUGACCACUUGGGAACUUCCGAACGGUUAUGGUCGCAUGAAACCGGAUAUUGUAACUUAUGGGAGUCAAGUUAAAGGAAGUAAUCUGAACGGAGGUUGUAAAUCUCUUUCUGGUACUUCUGUGGCUUCUCCGGUUGUUGCAGGAGCAGUUACGCUUUUAGCGAGUGGAGUUAUCAAUAGAUUUGAUAUUGUCAAUCCGGCCUCGAUGAAACAAGCACUGAUUGAAGGUGCUCAGCGACUAACGGAAAACAACAUGUUCGAGCAAGGGCACGGAAAGCUGAAUAUCCUGAAGAGUAUGAAGAUUUUGUCUACUUACAAACCAAAAGUAACGCUUUCACCAGCUUAUCUGGACUUUACCGAGGACUAUAUGUGGCCUUACACAACUCAAAGUUUGUACUACACGAGCGCACCGGUUAUAGCGAAUGUUACUAUCCUGAACGGCAUGGGAGUGAUUGGCAGGGUGAUAAAUAGUCCAACGUGGCACCCAUACACUAAUGAAAAUGGCCAAAUGUUGAACAUUUCGAUUUCGUAUUCCGAGCAACUUUGGCCAUGGUCGGGCUGGAUUGCAGUCCACAUCGGUGUGAAUGAGCUGGGACGUAGCUUCGAAGGAUUAGCUCAGGGUCACAUUACGCUUACGGUUCAAAGCCCAGCCGGUCCGGGAGAGAAUGAACCUCGGAAUGGAACCGUAAGCUUUCCCUUGAAAGUGAAAAUUAUUCCACAACCCCCGCGACACAAACGAAUCUUGUGGGACCAGUACCAUAGCCUGCGAUACCCGCCAGGAUAUCUUCCGCGGGAUAAUCUUAAAAUUAAAUCCGAUCCUCUUGAUUGGCGAGCUGACCACAUUCACACAAACUUCAAAGACAUGUAUACUCACUUAAGAAACGCUGGAUAUUACGUUGAAGUUCUGGGUGCCCCGUAUACCUGUUUCAAUGCCAGUUAUUAUGGAACAUUGCUGUUGGUCGACCCGGAGGAGGAAUACUUCCACGAAGAGAUUAUUAAACUAAAGAACGAUAUUUUGGAGCGAGAUCUGAGCGUGAUUGUGUUCGCCGAUUGGUACAACACAACCGUCAUGAGGAAGAUCAAAUUCUACGACGAAAACACUCGCCAAUGGUGGAUGCCCGAUACGGGAGGAGCAAACAUUCCUGCAUUGAAUGAGUUACUCCGUGAUUUUGAUAUCGUACUAGGGGAUAAAGUAUCAGAAGGAUAUUUUGAUAUGCGAGAUCAUCGCAUGUAUUACGCGUCAGGAAGCAAUAUAAUCAAAUUUCCUACUGGGAACAAUACCAUUUUGAUCGAAAGGGACUUGUUCGAUCAAGGAUUGGACAUUCUCUCGCCUGACGAGAAGAGGCAGAAAAUUCGAGCAAAAACGGCCAUUCUUGGAUUGCUACAGACCGAUCAUACGUACUCAAAAGUGCAACCCGCAACACCAAACCCUGAUCUCAUCAACGGCGUCAAUUUAGAAUUGGACGCCGAUCGCAGCGAAGAACGCCAAAUCGAUCGUGAUUCAAUCAUCAACAAACGAAUUUUACUCAACGCCAAAUCAUUUGCAGACGACGACGAUGUUCCCAACGAGGGCGGAGAGCAGCGUCAAGACUUCGAAACGAAUCCGGAUUUUGGUAGUUUGAAAAAUUUGGAAGACGAAGAACAGGAUGACAUUCAGAAAAUCCAACACCCCGAAGAGAUCAGUCAACUGUUGCUGGAAAAGAAGCAGAACUUUACCGGUGAGAAAAUAAUUAUGGUGGAAGUACCUCAAACGUUGCUGAAGCUGCAGCCAGAUCAGCCGAAGGUGGUCAAAUCGAACGACAGUGCUGCCAGUGGGAAAGACAAUCGUAAAGUUGGCGGUCGAAUCGCCAUUUAUGGCGACUCGAAUUGUCUUGACUCGACCCACCUGGACAAGCCAUGCUUUUGGCUGCUAGAUUCGCUGCUGGAGUACACAAUGACAUCGCACGUGACCAACCUGUUGAAGGAUUUGAACAGCACGCGUCACAGUGACGUACUGAGCGAUACUAAACCGCCCGCUCGGCUAGCGAACAACAACCUGCAUCUGUACUCCAAGGUUCUGGGACCAGGCAAUGAGAAGCGCCAACUGCCGCGCUGUCAGCUACUUAGGUGGGAACAUCCCAUUUCGUUGAACAUGUCUACACUGAGUGGGUAUGGACUGAACGAGCGACUGCUGCUUCAACAGCAGCAGGAAUUGCAGCAACAGCAAGCUCAACAGGGCCUGUUCGGUAACGAAAUCGACAACAAUGUGAACCUAUUUCGCAAGCUAGAAAGUCAAAAAGCAACCAUAAUUAGCGCCAACGACGAACCGGACGUUCCGGGAUGGCGGAACAAGAAAACCGACAAAAUCCCACCAAAUGCGCCGAACAGCUUUGUCAAUCCCUCAGUCGGGCGACCUUCGGUGGCUUCCAUUGGAGUGAAAGUACCAGCCGGGGUGGCAGGACCCAACCAAUCCAAAGACCAGCAGCACCAUCUUCCGGUUGCCGACCAUCCAGACGCCAACGCUAACAAUUUGUACGGAAGUAGCAAUUUUGCGCUGAGUCGCGAAUCAACCUCCAGUUUCAAGCUAGCCUCCAAUUGGUUCGUGACGGUGUCCGGAGUGCUGGUUUUACUAGUGCUACUUAACUGGAUACGCAAAUCAAAAGGCCUAACGAUCAAGCGACGAUGUAACUACUUAUUCAAAAAGAUUGGCUUUUGAACGACAAUGGCGUGUUGAAAAUUGAGUCCCAGAUAGUUAGGUAGAUUGAUUGUUAUUUUGUUGGCUUCAGAUGAGUUCGAGGCUAGGCUGAUGUAUGGCGGGAUUGACCCAAAGAUUUUAGUUUUUGCAUAGUUCGGGUAUCUUUUAGGAUGCCCUAAGAAACCACAUAAAAAGGGAAUUGAAGCAAAAUUAUUUGCAAUUUAUUAAAGGCGCGUUAUGUGAUGUUUAGUUUAAGUGCAAAAUAAAACUGUUUACUAUCCGUGUCGGGGUAGUUGAGAGGGAUAGUUAUUUAACUGAAACGAGAUAUAUUUUACAUACAUUAUGUAGAAGUGUCUCACUAGAUGAAGCUGGAUAAUAGUACUAAUAAAUAUGAAACACUGUCUAUUUUUAUAAAAAUA